AAUUAAAAUUAAAACAAAAAAAGUCAUAGUUGGGGUCUUCUUUCUUCAUAAAUACCUGCACCUUCCUCUAUCAUCACACAACUCAUCACUUUUUAGCACUUCUUUCUCUCAAAGGAAAGAAGUGUUUUUCUUCUUCUUUCCAAAACUCGCAACUUUCUUUUCAUUAACAUUCUCAAACAUUCAAGAAAACAAAUUAAAAUGGCCAUCAGAAAAUCAAACAAGUUGUCACAAGCUGCAGUUUUAAAGCAAAUCUUGAAAAGGUGUUCGAGUUUGGGAAAGAAAAAUGGCUAUGACGAUGAAGAUGGCCUUCCCAUUGAUGUGCCCAAAGGUCAUUUUGCUGUCUACGUAGGAGAGAAUCGAAAACGAUAUAUUAUACCAAUUUCUUUCUUAAGUCACCCUCAGUUUCAGUCCCUUCUCCGUUGUGCCGAAGAGGAGUUUGGGUUCAAUCACGACAUGGGCAUUACUAUUCCUUGUGAAGAAGUCGUUUUCCGAUCAUUAACUAAUUCCAUGCUGCAGUAGAGGAGAACUGUUGAAGGGAAACUUUGGCGUAACUGGUAAAGUCAGGAGUUCACGGUUCAAUCCGUAAACUCGGUCUCUUACAAAAAAAA